CUUUAUAUGAUACAAAUGAACCGCAGUGUUGGAAGUUGUACAUAGUUUGUUUUGCCUUAUACAGCGUUUGUAGCAUUUAUAUGAUAUAUGCACGACUCUCGAGGAGCAUGAUCAAACCAUGACAUCUAACGUUGUAGUUGCAGCUGGCUUUAUCAUAUUUAGACGUUUUGAAAAACAGAUCCAAUAUUUACUCCUGCGAGCGUCUUAUGGUAGUAGACACUGGACACCCCCAAAAGGUCACGUCGAUGAAGGAGAGGGAGAAUUUGAAACUGCCUUACGCGAAACAGCGGAGGAAGCAGGUUUGAAAAAGGAGCAACUGAACAUUUAUGAAGACUAUCAGAAAACACUUAAGUAUGAUGUACGAGGGAAGCCCAAAAUUGUGUACUGGCUUGCUGAGUUGAAGAAGCCAGACGAUCCAGUUAUGUUAUCAGAAGAGCACACAGAGUAUAAAUGGUUGCCGAUCAAUGAAGCUUGUGACACAGCCAGGUUCAGAGAGAUGCAACAUGCCCUUUCUGAUGUGAAUAGUUACUUGGAAUCUAAACCAGAUAUAGGUAAACAAAUACACCAGCAAUAGACAGACAGACAGACUUUAUUGUGUAAUCAGGCUUCAAGCCAACAAUACAUAUAUUUAUGUAAUAAUACAAAAAGAGAUUUAUUCUUAGUCAGAAUAUAAGAAUUAUACAUGUAUAGUUAUAGGGGAGAAGACCACACCAAAAUAUCUUUAGUAGUUAGUUACGUUUGGUGCCCUUUCAAGAACCAUCUUUCAUAUUGUCAAAGAGGGUCAGCAUUUCUGAAAACAAUGAUAUUAUUUUUGUUCAGACUGAUUUUCAUCCCAAUAACAUCACAAAAUGUUAAUUUUCUCUUUCACCUGCAUUAAUGAGUCUGAAACCAUUGGCACCUCUUCAGCAUACAUUAGUUUUUGUUUAACUGUUUAAACUGUCUUCUUUUUGUUCUAUAGAUAUCAGUGUUAUGCAUAAAAUUUGUGUUUCCAAGUGUUCUAUCAACAACAAUUGUUUAAGACAUUCUUGUUCAUUAUUCCACCAUGAUGUGAAAAGCUGUAUACUUCUUAUGCUCUUCCCUACAUUGUUCUGCAGUGUGAUAAAUCUUUACAAUAG